CUCGCAUCUGACUGAGUCAUUCAUCUACCUGAAACACUGUUAACAUUUAUUUGUCUGGAUCAGUCCAAUUCAAUAUGUCUACAUAGUCUCUUCUUCCUCCGCGUCUUAACGACCAACGGUUGGCUAGUUAGUUAUGUUUGAUCGUUGCUAAACUAACUUCCUAUUGGCUACUCUGCAUGUCCGUAAAUCAGCAACUGAGACAACAACAAAUGAGUGAAGAAUUUGCGAAUGGUUUGUAGAUAUAAUAUUUCCCUGUAGCAGGGUGAUCAAUAGAUUUCCCACAGCACAUGUGAUAGAUGGCAGUGUUUGCCAAAUCAUUUGUUUAUAUUUAUCUCAUAUUCUGUAUAUUUUAUUUUACUACAAUAUCAGAUUCAGGUGAAGCACGCAAAGUUUACAGGAAAUGUCGGGCUUCUUGGUCAAAAUGGAUGGUGAGUGAGACAGAUCUUCAUUGGAACAUUAGUGACAUUAAUUUGGAUGUAACGCAACGUAAAUGUAUGUGGAUUAACAUACCGUGUACUCGGAAUCGUCAAUGUCCAUGUGAAACAUACUAUUCAAAGGAAUUGUUGGGUAUUGAAUUACCUCGAAAAAGAAAUCAUGUAUGUGUUGAGACGAAGAGCUGUGAUGUUCUCAUUUGCUCAUCAGUUGUUUAUUUCGGAAGUAAUAUAGAUUCGAAGAAAUUGAUUAUUAAAACAUACAAAGUUGGAAACAGAACCAAUGGGAAACGAAAUUUAACAGGGAUAGUUUAUGUUCCACUUGAUAAGAGUACAUGGGAAUUGUAUGGUAAGAAUGGUGUUAAAACGAAAGCAACUGAAGAAGUGAGAAAUAAAUCGUAUGUAUAUCUUGAUAUUUUACAAACACCUGUAAGACCUGCAGGAGGUAGGAUUUACAAUUUAUCUCAAAGUGAUAAUGAUUUUGACGAUGGAACUGAACUCUCAUGGACUUUUAUAGCGUAUUUGUUUUUUAUGUCUCUGUAUUUACUAUUAUUUGUCUUUCGUUUAGUUAAUAUGUGUUGUACGUCAGGGUGUACAAGCAUUCCCAGUGUAGAGUAUCGUUGCAGAGAAUCAGACACCUUGAUUGAUGAAACCCGAAGCAAUAUUUGUUAGGUAAAGCUGUGUGAAUAUAUCUUCAUUAUUUUAUUCUCAUGGAAUUUUAUUAUUAAAACGUAUCCAUUUUUA